CGCCAGCCAGCGGGGCCCAUAAAGGCGAGAGGAAAGAGCCGGAGCCGCGCACAACAUGGCCACUUUGCUGCGAAAAAUCGGUCUGAUCCGUCUGCACAACCGGGACACGGAGGACCCCAAGCACCACCACCACCACCCGCGCCAGCAGGGCUCCUCGCUGCGGGGCAGGGGCAGCCACAAGCCGCCGCCGCAGGGCGGGAGCGGCAGCAGCGAGGGCAGCAGCCCCAAGAGCAAGAAGGCGGCCGAGCUCGCCAAGCCGCCCGGCAAGGAGAAGGCGGGCAGGGAUGCCGGCGCCGGCCCCAGCCCCGGGUCGGUGCCGCCCGCGGUGCGGCAGCCGCACUGCACGCAGGUGCGGAGCCGGCGGCUGAUGAAGGAGCUGCAGGACAUCGCGCGGCUCAGCGACCGCUUCAUCUCGGUGGAGCUGGUGGACGAGAGCCUCUUCGACUGGAACGUCAAGCUGCACCAGGUGGACAAGGACUCGGUGCUGUGGCAGGACAUGAAGGAGACCAACACGGAGUACAUCCUGCUCAACCUCACCUUCCCCGACAACUUCCCCUUCUCGCCGCCCUUCAUGAGGGUGCUCAGCCCCCGCCUGGAGAACGGCUACGUCCUGGACGGCGGGGCCAUCUGCAUGGAGCUGCUCACCCCCCGCGGAUGGUCCAGCGCCUACACCGUGGAGGCCGUCAUGAGGCAGUUUGCCGCCAGCCUGGUCAAGGGGCAGGGCCGUAUCUGCAGAAAAGCUGGCAAAUCAAAAAAGUCAUUCAGUCGAAAGGAAGCUGAAGCAACAUUUAAGAGUUUGGUGAAGACCCAUGAAAAAUAUGGGUGGGUCACCCCGCCUGUCUCUGAUGGCUGAUGUUAGCAACCUGCACUUGACAAAAAUGCUGAACAAAAGUACUGUGACAUCUCCUCAGUGCUGUACACCGCCCAUCCUUUUCUACUUCAGCUUCAGUUACAUACCAUGAAUGUCAAGGAGACAUCUAAGUUAUUUAUGAACAGAUGUGUUUACAGAGGGAGAGAAAAAAAAAAUGCUGUGUAGGAUUAUAUUUCAAGACUGAGAACGGUCAUCAUUGAAGUCACUUGAGUGGAUGCUGAGAUUGUGUCAUUUGCCCCAUACAGCCCACAUUGUCUUCAGCUUCUUUCCAUGACAGCAGCACCAAACCGCAGUACUGGGAAGUCUAUCCAUUACUGCUCAGUUCAUUUAAAUGUAAAUGAAACAGUUAAUAUUUAAUAGGGAAGCAGUGCAUUGCAGGUACAUGUUUGCUGUGCUGUUUAUCUUUGUCUCCUAGCAGGUCAACAUAACUUGAAGAUUUGUCUUUAUGUGGAACUGUGGUCUGCUGUGACUAAAUUUAGACCUCAUUUGUGCUCUAUAUAUGGCCUCUAAUUCGUAAAUGAAACCAGAAUUAAAAUGCUGAAAGGUCCUAGUGUUGAAAAAUUAUUAAGUGGAAUCACCCAACCGGUUACAAUGUGCUAUCUAUGCUCAUGUUGUGAUGUGCUGUUCAGAAAUAAACCAGUGCAGCUAGCUGAAGGUUAGGUGGUUUUUUUAAACAUGUCCACGCCAAGGCCUCGAGUGGUUGGUUCGUGGUAGCAGAACCAUUAUUACCCUGCCGGUACCUUCUGCAGUAGCAUGUGGCCUGACGGUUUUUUCAAAAUGGCAAAACAAAUCAAUGAAAACAGAGAAAGCAACCUUAAAAAUUAUCUGCUUAAUUUUAAAAUGAUAUGCCAGUAACAGAGUAAAAAUUUUCAAGGCAAAUGGAACAUGGUUUGUAAGAUGAUUUGCAUGACUGGAAUUUUCUUUUUUAUUUUCACUCAAUAGGCAUUGUAUGUACUUAGAGCCCAGUAUCUGAGAGAACCCACUGAUGUAUAUAAAUGUCCUAUUAUUUAAUCACUAAGAUUUAAGUUUUCUGGUAAACAAAUUGAAAAAAAAAAAAAAAACUUUUUAAAGGACUCCAUAAAAGCUGAAGGUAAUGUUUAAAAUGGUAUAAGAAAAGCAUUAAAAAAUGUGGAUUCCAAAUGGAAAAUCGUAUUGAAAACAUGCUGAAUA